GUACUACCGGUAUCGUAGCUAGCCCUUUUAAGCCCCAUCACUAAUAGUCACACUCUCUCAGCAAAUAUCCCUUCCUUACUUACUUCCUUCCUUACUCCCUUGCAAUGGGGAAUCUGGGCCGCCAGACCUGGACGUUAUGGAAGAAGAAUGUCCGAAUAGUACUUCUACGCCAUUUUUUCUCCGCAUUUUUUCGCGCUACCCUGCUACCCGUCAUCUUCAUUGGCUUCAUCUCGUUUGCGAGGAACCUGUUUGUUCCGCCCGCAACUUAUGGUAUCGGCACACCAGCACAUGUCAAGGACCUGCAGAGGGAGUUACUUGCCCACUCGGAUAAGAAAUUGGCUUUUGUCCACAACAAUCUCGGAUCGGAGGUUAGGGACUUGAUUGAUGGGAUCGCGAAUCCCUUGACGGCCGCGGGAAUAGAGGUGGUCAUAUUGGAGAGGAAUGAGGAUUUGCGGGUCGAGUGCAAGCAAACCCUGAGGGGGAGCUCGCCUUGCUUUUCCGCCGCCGUUUUCGACGAUAGUCCUGCUAGUUCGGACAAUGGUGUUUGGAAUUACACACUCAGGGCCGACAGUUCCAUACGUGGUGGUAGGGUCAAUGUUAAAGAUCACGACAACGACGUUCAGACGUAAGAUUACUAUUUGUCCCCCCACUGAUGAUGGUGGCUUCUUCUUCCACCAGAGGUUAAUCUUGGGUUAGGUUCUUGAUGCCCUUGCAGUUCGCUAUCGAUAGGGCUAUUGCCAACCGGGCUAGUCGGGGAAGCGGGGAUGUUGUCGUCGAUGAAUACAUGUAUACCUCUUUGUCAGAAAAAGAGCGUGAGGACAAGAUCCGUAGAGAGUAAGGCGUUAUCGAGACCUGUCAUGUUACAAUUCUAAUUCUAUCGUGCAGCUACAUGACCGCUAUCACGGAAUAUAUUGGUAUCGCUGUCUUCCUUGGCCAUGUGGGUAUAAUCUACCAUCAAACCGGUUUCCAAGCUCUGGAGCGCGAACGCGGAAUAUCCUCCCUUCUCGAGUCCAUGGGCGUGUCCAAAUGCGCGAGAAUCUUGGCUUAUUUUCUCUCCUUCUCUUGGGUAUACUUUCCCGGAUGGGUUCUCAUGGGUCUUACGAUGGCUCGCGGAGUCUUCGCUACGACGAACGCUGCUAUAAUUUUAAUCUGGUUCAUCCUAACUGGGUUUUCCUGUGCCUCCUUCUCGAUCUUUGCCUCCUCGUUUUUUAAGAGGACACAGCUCUCAGGAAUAUCCACCACCUUGGUUAGCAUUUUCAUCGGCAUUGUCGCCCAGGUAUGCCACAAAUCUUCGUCUGGUGCUGUCGUUAUUCUCAGUCUGCUCUGCCCUUCAUCCAACUUUGUUUUGAUGGCAAUCAUCUUCGGUCGCUUCGAGAAGAAUGAGCAAGCUGCUUCGCUCACCAGGUCCCCGCCCGACCAACCGUCGACUGUUCCAGCUAUUGUUCUGUUUGUUUUCCUCAUUGUUCAGAUCAUCGGGUUCGCUCUCGGUGCUGCUUACGUCGAGAAAUGGCUUUACGGGACCGAAUCAGCUGGACACAGGAGUUCCAAUCCAGCUUUAAUCGCCCCCGGAAAUGCCGUCGAGCUUCGGGGUUUCACCAAGAGGUAUAAGCCAAGUAUUUUGGGCAACCUGCUUGCGGCCGGGAAGAAAGAGACCGUUACAGCUGUGAACAAGCUUAAUCUCGAUAUCCGUCAGGGGCAGGUCCUUGUCCUUCUCGGUGCCAAUGGAUCCGGAAAGACAACCACCCUCGAGGCCAUCGCCGGACUGGCCGCUGUCGACGAAGGUGAAAUCCGAAUCAAUACUGGGAAAACGGGCGGCAUAGGAGUCUGUCCGCAGAAGAACGUGUUUUGGGAUGAGUUGACAGUCGAGGAGCACAUCGGGAUCUGGAACAAACUCAAGUGUGAAGGAGACAGCAAGGAAACUCUCCGUCAGCUUCUCCGUGACUGCGAUCUGUUGAUAAAGAAAAAGGCCAAGUCGAGUACUCUCUCCGGUGGACAAAAGCGAAAACUUCAACUCGCAAUCAUGUUUACCGGUGGCAGCAAUGUCUGUGCUAUUGAUGAGGUUUCGAGCGGAUUGGACCCCCUUAGCCGGCGCAAGAUCUGGGAUAUCAUCCUUGCCGCCAGAGGAGAACGCACUAUCAUUCUAACAACUCACUUCUUGGAUGAGGCUGACCUACUGGCUGACCAUAUCGCAAUAUUGUCCAAAGGCACGCUCAAGUGCGAGGGAUCUGCUGUAGCAUUGAAGUCCCAAAUGGGUGGCGGUUACAGAGUUCACGUUCCCCGCGAUUCUCCGGAAGUCUCGGGUGUUUCGACCAAGCGACUUUACGACCAAACCGUCUACAAUAUUCCCGAUUCUGCGUCGGCUGGUGAGUUGGUUGACAAGCUAGAGGUGCUUGGAGUUACCGAGUACCAUGUAUCGGGGCCAACCAUCGAAGAUGUAUUCCUCAAGGUUGCCGAGGAGACGGCGGAUAUUCAAGAUCAGCAGCUCAGGCAAUCGCCGAGCACCGAGGCAGCGGAUAAGGAAUCUGAGGAUGUUAAUCUUUAUACUGGCGAGAGGCUUGGGAUAUUCAAACAGACUUGGGUCAUGUUCCGAAAGCGUCUCGUCAUCUUCAAAAGGAACUAUUUCCCGAUCGUCGCCGCUAUCAUCAUCCCCAUUAUUGCUGCCGGCUUGACCAUGAUCUUCCUAAGGGACUAUGAUAAGGCUUCGUGCUCCAAUUCAGAUCAGACCAGCACCGCCGAUGUGGAGCAUCUAACUUUCAACACCAAAUUCAACGUCACACUUGGACCCCAGACCAACUUCUCCACCCAGGUUCUGGAAACUUUGGCCUCCGUUAUGCUCCCCGCCGGCGAUGGCGGCGGCACGCAAAAUGAGACUUUGAUGCAAAGCUUGACCGAUUCGUUGCACUUUGUCGACUCUUUCGAUGAUUUCAAGAAUUACAUUAAGCUCAAUUAUCACAACGUCACCCCUGGCGGGCUCUAUCUCGGAGGGGGGGAUCUUUCAACAAAUGCCACAAUUGCCUUCAGGGGUGAUGGCAAUGUUAGGAAUGCACUUAUCGCCCAGAAUCUAAUCGAUAACCUUCUCCUUGGCCAGAAGAUUGCCACACAAUAUGUCGAGUUCGACUUCUUUUGGCCCGACGGGACAGAGCUUACUUUGCAGUUUGUUGUUUACAUGGGGCUCAUUAUGUCUGCUUUCCCGGCAUUCUUCGCACUCUACCCUACUGUUGAACGAAUUCACAAUGUUCGCGCUUUGCAUUACUCUAACGGCGUGAGGGCUCUCCCGCUGUGGCUUGCCUACACUGCGUUUGACUUUGCUGCUGUAUUGAUCAUUAGUGUCGUCUGCACAAUUAUUUAUGUUGCGGCGACGAACGAUAUUUGGUUCCAUAUUGGAUACGUAUUCCUCGUACUCUUGUUAUAUGGGCUGGCGUCAGUCUUGUUUGCUUACAACGUCUCUCUCGUGGCUAAGAGUCAGUUGAGUGCUUUCGCGAUCGUUGCUGGCGGUCAAGGUAUAGUGUUCGCCCUUGGUUUCGAAAUAAUUGUGACUAAUCCUUGGUUUAGCUGUGUUAUUCCUACUUUAUUUCCUUGCCUUCACGUCUGUUCUCACUUAUGCCCCUGCUUCGGAGGUCGAUGACCAAAUCAAUAUUGUUCACUUUGCGUUCUCACUGCCUCUGCCCAUCGGCAGUUUGGCCCGCACCCUAUUUGUGGCGCUGAAUCUUUUCUCGCUCGCAUGUCGCGGCGAGGAAUGGGCCACGAACCCUGGAGAACUUACUUUAUAUGGAGGUCCAAUCCUUUAUCUCGUUGUGCAGUCGAUCUGUUACUUCCUUCUUCUUCUCUGGUGGGACAGCGGCCGUUUCCGCCUUGGGAUACCAUGGAGGAGAGCAAGUACCACUAAUCCAGACAACGAACACGACGCUGGAGUGGCUGCCGAGAAACAAUAUAUCGAUGCCGAAAUCUCUAGAGUCGGCUCCUCAAACGAUGGCUUACGUGUAGUCAACAUCACCAAAUCCUUCUCACGCAAGAUGGUUGCUGUAGAGAACGUUACCUUUGGAGUUUCUCGUGGUGAGGUUUUCGCCCUCCUCGGGCCCAAUGGUGCCGGUAAAACCACGACAAUCAACAUGAUCCGCGGUGACAUGGCCCCCGACAGUGGAGAAGUCUUUGUGGAAAACAUUCCCGUUACUAGACGUCGCGCAGAGGCAAGAUCUCACCUUGGUGUCUGCCCGCAAUUCGAUGCGAUGGACCGUAUGACGGUCGCUGAGCACCUCCGCUUCUACGCACAAAUUCGUGGUGUCAAAGAUGUCGAGCAUAAUGUCUCCCAGGUCAUCCGUGCCGUCGGUCUCGAGGCUUUCCAAACUCGCAUGGGGGAGAAACUCUCCGGUGGUAACAAGCGUAAGCUCUCCCUCGGUAUUGCCCUCAUGGGAAAUCCAACGGUCCUCCUCCUCGACGAGCCCUCUUCUGGCAUGGAUGCUGCAGCAAAACGUACCAUGUGGAAGACGCUUGCUAGCGUUCAGAAGGGUAGAAGUCUUGUCCUGACGACCCAUUCAAUGGAAGAAGCCGAUGCCCUCGCCUCACGUGCCGGUAUCCUGGCCAAGAAAAUGCUCGCAGUCGGUACCAGCAAUGACCUCCGGACGCGCUGGAGCGACGGGUACUACAUCCACCUCGUCCUCAAGUCCGCGCCCACAAGUACAGAGGCGGAAAUGCACAAUGUGAAGGAUUGGGUACUACGUAGGUUCCGCGGCGCUGUUGUUGAGCAGCGGACUUUCCACGGACAGAUCCGCUACUCAAUACCAAUCUGGCGCGGGGAGGACGGAAACGAGAAUGACAUUACGCCCACUGGAGCCUCACAGCGCGGUGUCACAGGUGUUAAUAGAGUGUUCAAGACACUGGAGGAGGCCAAGGAGGCUUUGGGAUUGCAAUACUAUUCCGUUUCGCAGACUACGCUUGGUAUGUUCCUUCCCCCCUUCUGCUCCCCUAUUCCGCGCUAUUACUAAUGAUGUUGCAGAUCAGGUAUUCCUAACCAUCGUUGGAAACGCCAACGUCGCGGAAGAAGGAUACGAAGUCAAGAAGAAGAAGAAGUGGUUUCGGUUCGGGAAUUAAUCUUGAUUUCCCUCAUUUCCUUUUAUAACCCUUCAUUCCGCACCGAAAGCAUCCCGCUUCUAUUGUUUUCUUAUUGCGCUUUUUUCCUUUUAUUUCCUUUUUUCUUUUGCCUUUUUUACCCUACUCCUGUCCUUCUCUUUGAAUAUGGGUCUUUAUCCGGGGAUUAGUAAUGAGGAAGGUGUUGGUGUAAUCGUGGGGUUCGGUCAGAGUUUAAGACGGGCGGAUUUUUGCCAGCAUAGUAGCGUUAGAAUUACGAGUUUUGUAUUAGUCCUUUUUGUCGCGACCUGGACGUCGAUAUGUGUUGUCCCGCAUUGUAUUGUGCCCUCAAACCCCUCCAUCCCGGAUCUCGAUAAUACGAAUGCCUCGCUGUCCCGUAUGAAAUGCUGUGAAUCCAAAAGUUUUCCACAACAAAACUUGACUCGUUAUUCCGGAUAACCCGUUGUACCUGGCAGGUUCUUCAAAUUUUGGCCAUCCGGAGUGUACAUGUCGAUCUUACUUGACACUGACAGGCCUUCUGUUAGAUAGGAUAAGUGACGGAUAAUGGAAUGUCUUCUUAUCAUAGCGCUCCCCUUGAGCGCAGACCGCAACUACAAGUCAAUUCGUAAUCUUUUCCCCAGCCCAGUAAAGUGCUCAAUCACAUAACUCAAGUUCUGAUAACACAUCCCAUGCCCAAAAUUACCUUUCCUCACUCUUGCGUCACAGCUACGGAUCUUGAAUAUCAUAAG